AUGCAGGUAAACCUGAAACACACAGCCAGAAGCCAGGUGAACUUGAUUUACCUCCAUCGCAGAAAGAUGACUUUCCUCCAAGGCCAGUGCGAGGAUGACUGCUAUUCUCCCUGCAAUUACGGGGGCCUGUAUGGCUACCGAGGAGGCUACGACUGUGGGAGCCCUUGUGGCUACCGGGGCUAUGGGGGCCUCUACGGCUACCGGGGCCUUUACGGCUUCGGGGACCGGUACGGCUAUGGUGGACUGUACGGUUACCGGGGCAUUUAUGGCUCUGGGGACUGCUACGGUUAUGGGGGCCUGUAUGGUGGCUAUAGGGGCUUCUAUGGCUCUGGGGACUGCUAUGGCUACCCAGGCUUUUACUCUGGACGCUACCCCUUCAGUUCACGAUACGGCCAAAGGUUCGGCUACGGGAGCUGCUACCCCUGCUAAACCCAGUGAGAACAUCCCUGAAGUGAAGAUCAACCCUGGCCUGGCGAGCACGGAUUGACGGGGAACCUCGGCAGCAGCGGUCCCUGAUGUGCAAGAGCCCUGGUGACAGCAGCCACCUCCCAUCGAGGUGUUGAGUGCUCUGCGCUGCUCUUGAAGUGCUUGCAGUGAUUUGUCUUUACUCUGCCCAUGUGUCUGCUUCCUCUCUUGCCACCGGAACUCUCCUCUUGAUCAAAAGCUUGCUUGUUGGUACUGCAGUUCUUUGCAAGCUGGCUUUUAUGUUUGUUGCAACAACGUACAAAACAUUAAGUCUGAAUGGUGUAGGUGGGGUGUAAUGUGUCUUUUGGAAUGUAGUCUUUCAGUUCUGUAUGCUUCUAAAAGUAUAUCUGCCUUUCACUCAUUAAAAAAAUAUGCUGCAU